AUGUCUGAACAAAAAUUAUUAUCCCCUUCACAAAGCUUAUUGAACGACAAAUGGGAUGUUGUCUUAUCAAACACUUUAAUUAAAACUGGUUUAGGUUUCGGUGGUGGUGUUUUAGCAUCCGUUUUAUUUUUCAGAAGAAGAUCUUUCCCUGUCUGGAUUGGUGUUGGAUUUGGUUUAGGUAGAGGUUACGCAGAAGGCGAUGCUGUGUUUAGAGGUAAUUACGGUUUAAGAACUGCUAACAAUUAG